GCGGUGAAGGCCAAUCCGACGGGAAGCCAGCACAUCACGUCAUCCUUCGGUGGCGUAUAGUGAGAUCCACUUUUCUUUGCUCUUCCCUUCCCGUUCUCCAUUCAAUUGCGUUGCCAGGGUACUCCUAGGGUUAGUGUUCAUAUUGUUCUAUCCUAUCAGAUGCAGUACAAGUGUCAAAUGUUGUGAUUUUGUUGUCAUGUGCCCUAGGACAUUAUUUAGAUUAGUUCAGAUUAUGUGCUUUGUUUGUCCUGUGCCUAGGGUUGACAUUUUUAGAUUAGUUCUGAUGUUGUGCUUUGUUUGUCCUGUGCCCUAGGGUUUACAUUUGGUUAUUAGUUUUAUUAGUGUUUCAUUAGUGCUUUAUAUUAUUUGCAGUCUGGAUGAUGAGGUUUGGGAAUUGAGGAUGCAUUUCCAUGACAGAGACAACAUUGAGAGAUCUAUGAUGGUGUCAGACAUAACAUUUUACAACCUAGUAGCACUGAUAGAAACAGAAGGUUAUGGAUUUAAAGAUUACAUGUACUAUGUCAGGGAUCCUGGGCUAGGGAUAUAAGGAAUGGAAGAAAUAGAUGAUGAUGACAAGCUUGAGGAAAUUCUAGACAACAUAGCAUUGCAAAAUCAGAAGAUAUUGAAUGUGACAGUUGUUAGGGCCAGUUCUCCCAAUGCUGCAAGUAUAAACACCAGCUCCAAUGUUAUUGAGCAGCAAAUCCCUCUAGAAGAAAUUGGAGAGCCCAAACUAUAUCAGAUAGAUGAAGAAGGAGUGCUGUUCAGUGCACCAGAUGUGCAUGUAGCAGCAGCAAGUUCAGAAGCAGCAGAAGUGGAGCCAAUGCCCAUACAGUUUCAAACACAGCAUAGCACCAAUUUGGAGGAGCAACUUGCUUUAGGUUAUGUACAAGUGGAAGAAAAUCAUGUAUACAAUUCAGAGGAGCAAAUGGAAAUUGAAAAGGUUAUGGAGAAGACAAGGAGGAAGGAAAUUGAAAUGUUUAGAAAGAAUACGAAAAAUAAAGAGAAGGUCACUUCUGUGAAGAGAAAAGCUGCAGUGAUGGAUAAUCAGGAGGACAGUGAUGAUGAUGAUUUGGAAGAAUAUGGUGAUAUCCUUGCUAGGCUUGAGGAGAUGAAAAGACAGAGGGAAGAUCCACUCCUUCAUUUUGAAGGGGACACAGAUGUUGAGGAAAUGUAUGAGAUAGAGGAGGAGGAUGCACUAUAUGAGCCUGAAAGUGAAGAAGAGGAGGAAGAGGAUGAAGAGAGUACUCUGGAGGAAGAGAGUAAUCUGGAGCAAGAGCAAGAUGGACAGAAGAAGAAAAAGGAGAAGAAACACAGAAAAGGCCCAACAAGCAGAUCACAUGCAAGUGUAGAGGAGUUGUUUGAGGAGGACUGGAUACCAUCUUCUGAUGAAGACAAGAAACCAAUGGACUUGGGUGUGGAAGAUGAUGAUGGUGCAGAGGCAUUGGCAUAUGUUUUGGCCAAUGGCAGGAAAAGCAGAGCUAAGAAGAUGAAGAAAAGGUUAUGGUAUGAUGAGAAGAGAGCUCACCUAGGUGAGCAAUUUGUGAAGCAUCUUUGCUUCAUUGAUGUGUACCAGUUCAGGAAUGCACUUCAAACAAUGCACAUUGCACAGAACAGGAACCAUGAGUACCAUAGAAAUUGCAGUGACAGGGUUAUAGCACAAUGCAUAGAUGAGACAUGCCCUUUUUAUAUAGCAGCUUCUCAGAUUGCAAAUGAGAAGACUUUUACCAUAAGGAAGCAGUAUGUGGUGCACACUUGUCCUUCUGUGUCAGAGAACACAAAAGUUACUGCUAAGUGGGUUGCAAAGUUUUGUGAGGAAGCAAUCAGAAAUGACCCAUGCACAACAAUCACUACUAUAAUUAACACUGCAAAGAGCAAGUAUGGAGUGGAAAUAUCAACCCACAUGGCAUACAGGGCUAAGAAGGCAGCAAAGAAUGUUGUGUUAGGAGAUCAGAAGGCCCAGUACACCAGGAUUAGGGAUUAUUUGCAGCAAAGAAUGUUGUCUUUGGCAGCUUACAGUCCUAUAAUAUAUCCUGUACCUGGCCCUGACAUGUGGCCAAGGACAGAUAGUUUGGACAUUGAGGCUCCUGUUUUCAAAGAACACAAGGGCAGAGCACAGACUAAGAGGAGAAAGGGCCAAUUUGAGAAGCCAGCUCCCAAAGACACUUCAAGAAUGGCCUCAAUUACCUGCUCCAACUGUAAAAAGGUGGGCCAUAGGUACACCAAUUGCCAUGAUGCUCUAAAGCCUGCACUUGCUAUGAGAAAGAACAAACAUCAGCCAAGCACCAGCUCUUACCCACCUGAUAGUAGAAGCACACCAGCUCCAGCAAGGACUGUAGCCUCUGCUGCUGCCACUGCUGGUGGAUCAUCAAGGAGGGCAACAUCUGCUGCUAGUCCAGCUCCAGCAAGGACUGCAGCCUCUGCUGCUGCCACUGCUGGUGGAUCAUCAAGGAGGGCAACAUCUGCUGAUAGUCCAGCUCCAGCAAGGAGGGCAACAUCUGCUGCUAGUCCAGCUCCAGCAAGGAGGGCAACAUCUGCUGCUGCUCCAGCUAGGAGGCAGCCAGCUGCUCCAGCUGCUCCCAAGGGUAAGGCAGCAGCCAGUAAAUCUUCAUCAUAUGCUCCCAAGAGUAAGGAAUAGUUGCUCCCAAGGGUAAGGCACCAGCAACCAGAUCUUCAUCAGCUGCUGCAAAGGGACCAAGGUUAGCUUUCAUGCCUCCAAGACCAAGUGAUGGUUCCCAGAGAGCCAGGAAGCCCAGCAACAGAAUGAAGGAUUACUUGACUGCCUCUAGUGCAAAAUGGUGAUGAUGGUGAUUUGGUUGUGUUGAUGUUGUAUCAAACUAUGGCAUUUUGGUUGUGUUGUGAAACUAUGUUGUGUUGUUCUGCUACUCCAGUUAUGCUACUCUGGAAUUCUAUUAGUCCUGUGAUGAUCAACUGUUAUGAUCAAUUUGUGUCAAACUAUGGCAUUCUAGUAGUACUGGUGAUGCUGUGAUACUCUUGAUGCUGUGAUAGUCAUGAUGCUGUGAUAUUCUUGAUGCCUCGGCGUCGACAAAAAGCCAAAAACCCUAACUUGGCCUACUUGAUGCCUCAAAAUCGACAAAAAGCCAAAAACAACCCUAAUUGACCCUACUUGAUGCCUCGACAUCGACAAAAAGCCAAAAACCCAUCACUUGACCCUACUUGAUGCCUCAGUGUCGAUAAAAAGCCAAAAACCCUAACUUCGCCUACUUGAUGCCUCGACAUCGAUAAAAAGCCAAAAACCCAUCACUUGACCCUACUUGAUGCCUCGGCAUCGAUAAGCCAAAAACCCUAACUUGGCCUACUUGAUGCCUCGGAGUCGAUAAAAAGCCAAAAACCCUAACUUGGCCUACUUGAUGCCUCGAUGUCGAUAAAAAGCCAAAAACCCUAACUUGGCCUACUUGAUGCCUCGACAUCCACAAAAAGCCAAAAACAACCCUAAUUGACCCUACUUGAAGCCUCGGUGUCGAUAAAAA